AUGCCCGCUACAGUUGCGCAGAUUCUCGCGCCUUACGAAGACCAACCGGAGCUCGUGGAGCGUAUAGCAUGGCGAACGGUACACCCUCCCAUUACCAUAAUUGAGCCCAACCCAGAAUGGCCGCACCGGUUCGAAGACGUCAAAGAGCGGAUUCAAAAGGCCUUGGGGCCCUUGAUCUUGGAUAUCGCUCAUUCCGGCUCUACCAGUGUUCCUGGCCUACCAGCUAAAGACAUUAUCGAUGUUGAUCUGUCACUGAAAGAUGCAACGGAUGAGGCAUCCUAUGUGAAGCCUCUGGAAGAGGCAGGCUUCCGGUUCCUCCUCCGCGAGCCGCGAUGGCACCAGCACCGGUUUUUCGUGGAGAAUUGGCCCAAAGCCUAUCACGUCAAUCUCCACGUGUGGGGCCCCGACUCGCCCGAGGUUGUCCGACAUCGUAUCUUUCGCGAAUGGUUACUCAAAACGCCAGCCGAUAUAGAACUGUAUGCCAAAGUGAAACGCGAAGCGGCUGAAGAGACGGCUUUAGCUGGAGAUUCGAUGAUGGAAUAUACCAAACGGAAAGAUAAAACGAUCCAAGAGAUCCUAGAAAGAGCAUUCCGUGAUUUGGGCUACAUUGAAUGA